AUGUUAUUAACUACUGUAGUACCAAUAAUUCCUGAAUAUCUUUUGAGAAUAUCUCAUCCUAAUCAAACUGAUGAAAUUUUAAGUAAGAAAUUACCCAGUAAUCCAUCAGGUAUUAGAGGAAAAAGAGAUGCAUGGGAUGAUGAUUCAUGGGAUUUACCUAUGAGUCCAAAUGAAAAUAUUGACUGGGAUGAAAGUCCAUUUAGUGGAAUGAAACCACCAACAACGAAAAUAUUUUCAAAACCAAAAAAUACAAGUAGUCGCAAACAAUUUUAUAAAGGAAAAUUUAAAAAUAGAAUGACAAACAAAAAAAAACCCACAUCCGACAAAUUAUCUGACAAGGAAUAUUAUUUAAAAAUUGAAAAGGAAAAAAAACUAAGACAUGAUACAUUAUCAGAAGAAAAUAUUCAAGUUGGAUUAAUGUUUGGAUCAAAAGCUUUAGUACAAUUAAUAGCAAAUCCAAUGGUUGGCCCAUUAACAAAUAAAAUUGGAUAUACAAUACCUAUGUUUCUUGGAUUUGUUGUAAUGUUUCUUUCAACAUUAAUGUUUGCUUUUGGUUCUUCAUUUAGUACUCUUUGGUUUGCAAGAGCUUUACAAGGUAUAGGUUCUGCAUGUACUAGUACUUCAGGUAUGGGAAUGCUUGCUCAAGCAUAUACUGAUGAUUUAGAACGUAGUACUGCUAUGGGAAUUGCAUUAGGUGGUCUAGCUUUAGGUGUUUUAGUUGGACCACCAUAUGGUGGGAUACUAUACCAAUGGGCUGGAAAAGAAUUACCAUUUAUUUUGUUAGCAUUAUUAGCAUUAUGUGAUGGUUUAUUACAAUUUUGUGUAUUAGAACCUAAAGUAGAUAAAGGAGAACAAGAAGGAAAUACAAUGAAACAAUUAAUAAAAGAUCCAUAUAUUAUUGUUGCUGCAGGUUCAAUAACAAUUGGUAAUUUAGGAAUAGCAAUGUUAGAACCAUCUCUUCCAUUAUGGAUGAUGGAAAGUUGGCAAGCUAGUUCAUUUGAACGUGGUAUUGCUUUUCUUCCAACAAGUAUUUCUUACUUAAUUGGUACAUCAAUUUUCGGACCAUUAGCUCACAAAAUUGGUCGAUGGUUAAGUGCUUUUAUAGGCCUUAUCAUCAUUGGUUUUUGUUUAAUUGCUAUUCCUGGAGCAGAAAGUGUUUAUGGUUUAAUUGUACCUAAUUUUCUUAUGGGAUUUUCAAUAGUUGAUAUAAGACAUGUUGGUGUUUAUGGAUCAAUUUAUGCUAUUGCAGACGCAGCAUUUUGUUGUGCCUUUGCUCUUGGACCUUUUGUUAGUGGUCCAUUGGUAAGAAAUUUAGGUUUUCCUUCAAUGAUGUAUAUAAUUGCUGUAAUUAAUUUUAUUUAUGCACCAUUUAUGUACUUACUUAAAAGUCCUCCACCUAUUUCAAAUCAAGGUUCAUCAAAUCCUGAACCACCAUCAAUUAAUCCAAGAAAUCUUGGUUCUGAAAAUCAAUAUCAAUAUGUUGAUGGUAUCACUAAUGAAAAUGUCACUCGUAUGCAAGGAUAUCAAUAUGAUUAUUAA